AUGCAUCGCUUUGGAAACGACGACACCUGGUCAAUUGUCGAUCGUGCCGAGGUUCGUCCAGUGUGGACCAUCGACGAAGAUGCUGUAUUCGAUGACAUUCAUACCGGGCACGAGAUCGUCGGCCGUUACACGUUUGAUAUGAAGGGUGGCUUCCAGCAGCGGAAGGCCCUCCGGCAUGCCCGCGGACAGAUGAUAAAAACAGCCAAAGAGAUGGGUUGGAACGUCUUCAUACGUGAGGGGUGGUCAGUCACUUCCCUUCGACGAGGAGAAAACGAUUUUCGUUUGGAGGUCGUGUAUCGUGCGCGACCUGCACAGUCAGAAUGCUUGAGCAGCGCCAAGGAACCGCCGUUCUUAACCUACUUGCCAUCAAAAUGA